AUUUGUGAAAAAUUACGACACCCCGGCCGCACUUUCCUUCUCUUUCUUCUUCAUAAUAAGGAUAGCUCAAUGCUCAUACGGAGUACAAAUAGUAGGCCUACAACGUUAUUACUGUACCGAGGAUAGUCCAUCAGGACGUUGAGUAACGUACAGUUGCCAAACCAGCAGAAGCUACCGACUAUAUUUUGUCGUGACGUGAGGCGGUAGGAAUAUUAUUACGUUGACUUGAUUGAGCUGAGUCCUCCCCAUGAUUGAGUGCAAACUGCAAAGGGCUUUACAGUACAAUUAAGAGUAUACACAUAUUUAUUAUCCAGCAGUAGGGGACAUCCUGAUGAGCAUGAUGUACACUUCAACUGACGCAGUCUUCGAUGACCAGCAAGACGACACACGGUUAGCGUAUCGUCACCUUCUAGUUUCAUUGGAUAAUGAACUUGGUUCAGAAGAGUGUCGCAAACUCUGCUUCCUAGCAGUUGAUCUCGGAAUGUCCAAAUCCCAAACUGAGCGAGUCCAACAGGCCAUUGACGUAUUCACUGAACUUGAAAGUCGGUUGUUAAUUUCAGCUAACGAUGUCAGUCUCUUGGUGGAGAUGAUGAACCUGAUUCAUAGGAAAGACUUAAUUGAGAGGAUACAGUCACUCUACAACAAUCGCAUUCCAAUCCCUAGUAAGGGCUUAGGCCACUUUAGCCAAUUCAGGGUCCUGCUUCUGGAGAUAGCAGACGAUACAUCAAGAUCAGAGCUAGAGACAAUGAAGCAUGCUUGCAUAGAUCUCCUUGGAAGGCAGGUCAUUAGUAAACUGAAGGACGCAAUUCAGUUAUUCUUAAUACUUGAAGAGCGGGGGAAGCUAGCACCUACAAACUUGAAAUUCCUGCAUCAACUAUUAACUUUUUGUGACAACAGGAGUAUGCUGGCAAAGCUUAAUACAUUCGCAGCGAAUGAAACACCUAAAAUCCCUACUGAUAGGGAGAUCAUGGAACUGAGUUCUCAAUUAGGGCAAGAGUGGAAAACGCUAGGAACUUACCUCGGACUAUCACAUCACCAAAUAGAUAACAUCAAUCUGGACCAUCGUAGGACACAGGAUAAGAUAGUAGCAAUGCUUACUGCUUGGAGAGAAACAGUUGGAAAAGAGGCUUAUCAAGUUCUGUCUAAAGAGCUCAAGUCUUGUCAUCGAAUGGAUCUGGCCAAAAAAGUUGAAGCACUCGCAGCCAGUAAAGCAUCAGUUCCUGCAAGCGAUGCAGUACCACAACAUGCCCGGUUUCAGCCACAGCCUGUAUACCAGCAACAACAGCCUGUGCCAGUUUGGCCUGUGCAGUAUCAGCCUGUGCAGUAUCAGCCAUCUCAGUUUAGUCCAACCUCACUCAUGGUGCCAGGGGAUUUCUGUGUACCCCCUUCAGUGUCUCCUUCAGUGCACACUGGACUGCCAGAUACAACCCAACAUGGCUACCGGACGGAUCCUGCUGAUGAUGUGCUGGAAUAUUUGAGUCUUCGGCUUGCUGCUGAUUGGCAAAAGCUGGGGAAGUUGUUGGAGAUAGAUGAUGCAACAGUGAUGAUGAUACACAGCAUGUAUCAAGACUCAGCUGAAAAAGCCCUAGAAAUACUGAAAAAAUGGCGGAAUCGACUCCCACUGCAUAAGAAUGCCACCUCUACCCUUGCCUCAAUUCUCAAAGUAAGCGGCUGGCUUGACUUGUCAGAACAUCUCAAAGGUGGAACAGAAUCGGCUGCAAAUGCUCUAGCUGCUCAGAUGCAAGAAAUGGAAACUACAACAUCAUCUGGAUCAACUCCUUUGCUUCAACCAGGUCAAAUGCCUGGAACAAAUCAAGAUAAAACAAGUACGGAGAAUCUGGCAGUACAAUCAGAAGGACUUAAAGAGGGAACUUAUCAACAAACGCCACAUGUACAAGGCUACCGGACGGAUCCUGCUGAUGAUGUGCUGGAAUUUUUGAGUCUUUGGCUUGCUGCUGAUUGGCAAAAGCUGGGGAAGUUGUUGGAGAUAGAUGAUGCAACAAUGAUGAUGAUACACAGCAUGUAUCAAGACUCAGCUGAAAAAGCCCUAGAAAUACUGAAAAAAUGGCGGAAUCGACUCCCACUGCAUAAGAAUGCCACCUCUACCCUUGCCUCAAUUCUCAAAGUAAGCGGCUGGCCUGGCUUGUCAGAACAUCUCAAAGGAACAGAACCGGCUGCAAAUGCUCUAGCUGCUCAGAUGCAAGAAAUGGAAACUACAACAUCAUCUGGAUCAACUCCUUUGCUUCAACCAGGUCAAAUGCCUGGAACAAAUCAAGAUAAAACAAGUACGGAGAAUCUGGCAGUACAAUCAGAAGGACUUAAAGAGGGAACUUAUCAACAAACGCCACAUGUACAAGAUCAUUGUACUGAUGACAAGACACAUACAAACCUAGGUACAAAACCUUCUCAGGAGUCCUAUCCACAAUACACAAUGAACAGAAAUCCACGAGGCCUGUGUAUGAUCAUCAACAAUCAAAACUUUCAUGGAGACAAAAGAUUGAAUGAACGCAAAGGGAGCGACUUGGAUACAGGUAGAUUGCUCUAUUUGUUUGAUAAGCUUCAUUUCAAAGUGGAUGCGAGGACGGACAUGACAUCUUAUGAGAUGCAUAGUUGGUUCAAGGAAGUAAGUCAGAUGGACCAUAGCGAGUAUGACUGCUUUGUUUGUUGCAUCAUGUCCCACGGUGAACUUGGUGCCGUUCAUGGCACUGAUGGUGAGAGUGUUGAGAUACAAGAAAUCCUGGCACUCUUCAAAUCUGUUUCCUGCAAGAGUCUCAACGGUAAACCCAAGUUGUUUUUCAUUCAGGCUUGUCAAGGAACCGUUCACCAGGAAGGGAUAGAAACGGAUGAAGCCCCUGGAUUAGGCACUGGAAUUCAAAAGACACUACCCAAAGAGGCAGACUUCCUUCUCAGCUGUGCAACCGUACCAGGUUAUGUCUCAUAUCGUAGUACAAAAUCAGGUUCGUGGUUUGUGAAUGCUUUGGUUGAUAACAUUGAAAAGUAUCAUGACGAGUUAGAUCUGGUUAGGAUUUUGAUCCAGGUUAACUAUCAAUUGGGUAAUGGCGUAGCAAAAGUAAAACAAGGAUACAUGAAACAGAUAGCAGCACCAAGUUUCACCCUGCGGAAAGACCUUUACCUCCGCUCACUUCCAACCUGAAGUUAGCCAACAGCUGAAAAGAUCAGUAACAUGCUGUCGGCCCUGUAAAUUUUUGCAAUUCUCUACAGCAUCAAGUCUGAUAACAUGUUUAUAACACUUAAAUUCACAGACCCUUAAGGACACUGGACACUAUUGGUAAUUGUUAAAGACCAGUCCACUCACAUGCAACAUAUGCAUAAAAUAACAAACC